AUGUUAACAACAGCCCCUCACCUCCGAACGAGGCGGCCUUCUCCAACCACCGUCGAAUACACGGUUUCCACCUCACCAACCCUCACACUCCCACUCCGACUCCUCCUCAUCACCACAAUAAUCUUCCGAGUUCUUAUCGGCUGGAGUGUGCUAUUAAUCCUCUACUCCAAAUACCUCCUCAGCAACCUCGCCGCUGCUACAUCAACACACAAUGUUCAGCCAGAAACAAUAGUCUCUAUAGACUACCUGUAUUACAUCCUCCAUCUCCUGCACACUUCCAAACCAGGACAGUUCGCAACCACUCUCGCCGCUCUCACACCCCCAACCCUCUUAAUUCCUCUCUCCCUUGUUCUCCUCCAUAUCCUCCUCCAGCGCCCACACACCACCGAAACCCUUCUCGUCCUCCGCGGGCUUGGGAUCCAAACCUCUUCAUCCUCAGCUUCUUACCUUUCGUCCGCGACAACGCGGUUCAUACCGACAGAAAAAGUACAGGAUAUACUAGUGAACGAAGCGUUUAGGGGAUUCGAAGUACGUUAUUAUUUGGUGGUUGUGGUGGAAGGGGAAGAUGAUGUUGUGGUUGUGUUUCCGAGGUUGUUGCCGCGGAGGAAGGUCGUGGAGAGUGUGUGGAGGGGGGUUAGAGGGUGUUUGUGGGAGGAGGGGAGGGUUGGGGGGUUGAGUGCAAAAGGGGGGUGA